AUGGUGCCACCAUGGCACGCGCCGAUGUCAGACAGUAGCAGUACGCUGGAGUCCACUGCCGAGACGAUACUUCCCCACGAGAUUCUAGGCCCCAGACGGCCGCACAGCAUCUGCUUUUGCAGUGACCGCCUUAUCACGCCUAUGAACAGCGAACAAAAUGCCUUCCAACAAGGGGCUACUAGGGGCUUGGAGAAGAGCCUAGAACAAAUGUGGCUCAAGUCCUCGACUUCGAGGAUGGUACAGCAGUACGGCGGAGCGGGUGGCGAAAGCGUUGGUCAGGGGAUCCCCAUCCAAGUACCCAAGCCAACCCGGACCUUGGAGGGACCAUCCCGUCUGCAUGGGAACUGA